AUGGUGGUCACCAAGAAACAAUUGAGUGAUUUUGAGGAGGUGUUGACUGAGUUAUUCAAGAAAGAGUCGUUCAUUGCCAAUAUCGCCAAAUCAAUAUCGUCCAUUCUAAGGGAUGAACUCAGGGAAUACAAGGAAAAGGUUAAUAUUCUCGAAGAAAAGGUUGUAAUUUUGGAAGCGGAGGUUACUCGUUCGAAGUCCGACAAUACCGUAUGUAGAGCAGACCAUGAGGAAAAACUGGAUCGACUUGAGCAAUACACUCGACGGAAUAGCAUUCGAGUUUUCGGGGUAAGCGAGACAGACAAUGAGAACACCGAACAAGUUGUAUUAGAUAUUAUUAAUAAGAAAAUGAACCUCGCAUUGUUACCGGAUUCUAUCGAUCGUUGUCAUCGAGUUGGACCGAAGCGAAAUGGAAAGAACCGACCUAUUAUUAUGAAAUUUAUAAGUCACAAGACCAAAGAUCGCGUAUUUUAUCAUAAGAAACUGUUAAGAGGAACUCAGUUUAUAAUUCGAGAAGACCUUACGCACCACCGGAUUUGCGAAUUGAGAAAACUGGAGGAAGAAUAUGGUAAAAGAAGAGUGUGGAGCCGUGAUGGAACUCUGUAUGCAGAAGUCGACGGACAGAAGAAAAGAAUGUUGAUAUAA